UAGGGGUGGACCUUAAUUGAUAGCCCAAAGGUUCCCGCCGUUCUGGGCCGACGAUUAAGUAAAGUUCUCUCUUAAAUAUCAAUUAAUUGAAAUUUCCAAACCCAAAUUCGCAGCUGCUAGUUGAGAAAUGGAAGACGAAGAAGAUCCACCACUUGCUGUUGAGAUCGGCGAAACGAUUACGGCUGCCGAGCGGCAUGAAGAUGAUGGUGUUUCUGUCGGCGUUACUGUUAUCACCGGAUAUCUUGGAGCUGGAAAAUCCACCCUGGUUAAUUACAUAUUGAACUCGCAACACGGCAAGAGAAUCGCUGUUAUACUGAAUGAGUUUGGUGAGGAGAUUGGAGUGGAGAGAGCGAUGAUAAAUGAAGGUGAUGGUGGGGCGUUGGUUGAGGAAUGGGUCGAAUUAGCAAACGGAUGUAUUUGUUGCACUGUCAAGCAUAGCCUGGUUCAAGCCUUGGAGCAACUCGUGCAGAGAAAAGAAAGGCUCGAUCAUAUUUUGUUGGAAACUACGGGGUUAGCCAAUCCUGCUCCACUUGCUUCGGUACUUUGGCUGGACGAUCAGUUGGAAUCAUCGGUCAAGCUUGAUUCAAUUAUUACAGUUGUGGAUGCGAAAAACCUUCAUUUUCAGUUAAAUGAGCACCGAAGUUCAUCAUCCUUUCCCGAAGCAUUUUAUCAAAUUGCAUUUGCGGAUACCAUUAUUCUUAACAAGGUCGACCUGGUCACUUCAGAACGUGGUGACGGUGCAUUGGAGGACCUGGAGUUCGAAAUACGUAACAUUAAUUCCCUUGCCAAAAUCAUUCACUCUGUUCGGUGUCAAGUUGACCUGUCUCUGAUACUAAAUUGCAAUGCCUAUAAUGCUGCUAAUACAGCUCAUUUAGAAGAAUUGUUGAAAGAAAGCCGUUCACUAUCGACUAAGGAUCUUCAUGAUACCGGUGUUCGAACCUUAUGCAUUAGUUAUCAUGACAAAGUCGACCUGGAUAAGGUUCGUUCUUGGCUCGAGGAGAUACUUUGGGAUAGAAAAGGUGGCAUGGAUGUCUAUCGUUGCAAAGGAGUCUUAAGCAUAAAAAAUUCUGAUCAACUACAUACUUUGCAGGCGGUGAGGGAAUUAUACGAAAUCGUUCCUACUCGCCAAUGGAAUAACGGAGAAAGUCAGAUGAACAAGAUAGUCUUCAUAGGUCGUAAUCUGAGCGAGGAUGUUCUUAGCGAAACGUUUAGAGCAUGUGCAGUCUCCUAAGUUUUGUAGCUUUACCAGUUGUUGGAUUACAUGGGAAAACAAAGCAAGGUGCGUAUUGUAGAAGUGCUUGUGCAUGAAUCACUUAUUGUACUGAUUUCAAAGUGCUUUUGUGGGCAUUUCUUAAACUUUAACUAUAAGGAAAAGGAGAAUGUGGAGUUUCUUUUGUAGGUAAAUCUUGGAGAUUUGUGCAAUAGUUGUUUUUAGUUUAAUCCUAUAUAACAAUUGGACACUCCCUUGUCUCGAACGUCUCGGGACUAAAUGCACAUAUUCUUAAAAAUUCGGGACUAAAAUGUCAAUUCUU